AUGUCCCCUGGGCCAUUGUGGGUGACUCUGCUUGUGCCCUUUCUGCUGGUGGGCCCUGCGCGGGAGAAGCCACUGCAGAACUGGGGGCGAGAAUCCCUGGGAGGAAAUGUUCGAAACCCGCUGGGGGCACCAGGAGGUAGCCAGGAAGAGGAGGGCAUCUUCGACCUGAAGAUGUUUCUGGAGAACAUGAAAGUGGAUUUCCUGCGCAGCCUCAACUUGAGCAACGUCCCUUCCCAGGACAGAACCCGAGCGGAGCCGCCCCAGUACAUGAUCGAUUUGUACAACAGGUUCACCAGCGACAAGUCAGCCACCCCGGCGUCCAACAUCGUGCGGAGCUUCCGGGUGGAAGAUGCUGUCUCCACAGCCGCCACGGAGGAUUUCCCCUUCCAGAAACACAUCCUGCUCUUCAACAUCUCCAUCCCCAGGCAUGAGCAGAUCACCAGGGCUGAGCUCCGUCUCUAUGUCUCCUGUCAAAAUCACCUGGACUCUUUUCAUGGGCUGGAUGGAAACAUGGUCAUUUAUGAUGUCCUGGAUGGAGGAGAUGUCCGGAAUAGUGCUUCAAGGAGCAAGAGCUUCCUAGUAUCCCACAACAUUCAGGAUGAAGGCUGGGAGACCUUGGACGUGUCCAGUGCCGUGAAGCGCUGGGUCAGGGCAGACUCUACCACAAGCAAAAAUAAGCUGGAAGUGACGGUGGAGAGCCACAGGAAGGGCUGUGACACGUUGGACAUCAGCGUCCCUCCGGGUUCCAAAAACCUGCCCUUUUUUGUUGUCUUCUCCAAUGAUCGCAGCAAUGGGACCAAGGAGACCAGGCUGGAGCUCAGAGAGAUGAUCGGCCACGAGCAGGAGACCACGUUCGGGAGGACCUCCAAGAACGCCUACCAGGAGGCAGGUGAAGGUCCAGAUGAAGAGGAGGAAGGGGAUGGCCACACGGCCGCCGCGGGGCCGCUUUUAGCCAGAAGAAAGAGGAGCGCCGGGGCCGGCAGCCACUGUCAGAAGACCUCCCUGCGGGUGAACUUUGAGGACAUCGGCUGGGACAGCUGGAUCAUUGCCCCCAAGGAGUAUGAUGCCUACGAGUGCACAGGUGGCUGCUUUUUCCCACUGGCCGACGAUGUGACACCCACGAAGCAUGCCAUCGUGCAAACCCUGGUGCACCUCAAGUUUCCCACAAAGGUGGGUAAAGCCUGCUGUGUGCCUACAAAACUGAGUCCUAUCUCCAUCCUCUACAAGGAUGACAUGGGGGUGCCCACCCUCAAAUACCAUUAUGAGGGCAUGAGCGUGGCAGAAUGUGGGUGCAGGUAG